AUGAACGUUCUCGUUCAAGUUCGUGACAACAUGACAGUGUUUUGGAAGGAGCACUCCAGAGACGCGACAGUGGAGGAGAUGAUGCUGGACUCCCGCGCAAAAGAGCUGACUCAGCAGGAGAUGCCCGAAAUCCUAUCCAUGCUGCCGGACCUGACUGGAUUGAAAGUGCUGGAGCUCGGUGCUGGCAUUGGUCGAUACACCAAGCAUUUGCUGACCAAAGCCGAGCAUGUGACUGCUGUGGACUUCAUGGAGAGCUUUGUGGAGAAGAACAGGGAGAACAAUGGGCACCAUGGCAACGCUACCUUUGUACAAGCAGAUGUCACAAAGCUGGAACUGCCCCAGAACAGCAUCGACUUCAUCUUCUCCAACUGGCUCCUCAUGUAUGUGAGUGACGAGGAGCUCCUCAGCUUGUUGGGCAAAAUGCUGUCGUGGCUGCGACCAGGCGGCUCACUCUUCUUCAGAGAGUCCUGCAACCACCGCUCAGGCGACAGCAAGAGGGAUUUCAACCCCACCUGCUACCGCACCGAGGCGCAGUACAGCCAGCUGAUAUCGGCGGCUCAAAUGCAGGAAACACCAGAGCACAGAUUCGGCUUUGACGUAGUCAUGAAGAGGAGAGUUCAGGCGUAUAUCCAGAUGAAGAACAAUCCCAAUCAGAUCUGCUGGCUUCUGGAGAAGGUGCCUCGGGCUUCAGGCUCCCAGAGUGGAUUCACGUCCUUCCAGCACUUCCUGGACAACAAGCAGUACACCAGCCGAGGCAUCCUGCGCUACGAGAAGAUGUUCGGUUCUGGCUACGUCAGCACAGGCGGGCCCAGCACCACCAAGGAGUUCGUCGACAUGCUGAACUUGAAGCCGGGUCAGAAGGUUCUGGAUGUUGGUUGUGGAAUUGGGGGCGGAGACUUUUACAUGGCCAAGACCUUCGGGGUGGAAGUGCUUGGCUUGGACCUCUCAGAGAACAUGGUGGACAUCGCCAUGCAGAGGGCCAUCAAUCAGGGAGUCGCAUCUGUCCAAUUUGAAGUGGCUGAUGCCACAAAGAGAAACUUCCCAGCAGGUUCCUUUGACGUCAUCUACAGCAGGGACACCAUCCUGCACAUCGCCGACAAGCUCGCCCUCUUCAAACGUUUCCAUACUUGGUUGAAACCAGGAGGGAAACUUCUCAUCAGUGACUACUGCUGUGGUGAGAAACCAUGGUCACCAGAGUUCAGGGCUUACGUCAAGCAGAGAGGCUACAUCCUGUACACGCCAGCUCAGUAUGGAAAGUACAUUGAGCAGGCAGGCUUCAAAAACGUUCUGGCCGAAGACCGGACCAAGCAGUUCGUCCAUGUGAUCGAGACGGAGCUUCAGAGAGCAGAAGCUAUCAAGAGGGAAUUUAUUGCGGAAUUCUCAGAGGAGGAUUAUUUCGCAAUUGUUGACGGCUGGAGUGCAAAGCUGCAGCGAUCCAACAGUGGAGAGCAACGUUGGGGCCUAUUUUAUGCAACAAGGGACUGAAAUAAAUUUUAAAUAACACGGCAAACAUUGUGGUUGCUUCUUUUCUUUAAAAAAAGAAAUCC